AUGGGUAAUACUUUGUAUAGCAAUAUAGGACACAGCACAACAGAAUUGGAUGAUGUAUAUUGUAAAUAUUUAAAUAAAUUAUUUAACAUAUAUAAUUAUCUAUUUAAAUAUGAGCAUUUCAUUUUUAUGAACUCAUAUACCCUGAACAAUUUCUAUCACGUUCUAGAGGGUAUUAAUAAUAAUGAGGGUCAUGUUUUAAUAAAAAUUUGUAAAUUAAAAUCCGAAGCCCCCAAAAUAAAGAGAAUAUUAUAUACUCUAAAAUUCCUUUUCUCCUUUGAUCUCUUUCCAAAUGUAUUACCCUAUAACCGUAUGAGUGUUUAUGAAAAUAAUAUUUAUAUAUACAGAAGAUUUAUAUUCAAAAAUUUAGAUCACUAUUUAUCUGAUAAGACAAAUACAAACAAUUUUUAUUAUUUUUACAUAUUUCAAAUAUUUCUAUCUAUAAUACAACUUCAUUCCUUGGGUAUAUAUCAUGGGCAUAUAAAAAGAGAAAAUGUGCUUAUACAAAAUAAUAUGCACAUUUUUUUAACAGAUAUUAAUAUUCUUAACGACUAUCUAUAUUAUAUACCUCAAAUAAGAUAUGAAGAUGAAAGAAAAGGACGCUUGAUGAAAUUGCAGGAAGAUAUUUUUAACCUUGGGAUUCUAAUCUUAGAGAUAUUAUUAAGAGACAAAGAUGUUUCUUAUUUUUUUUUGGAUGAAAAUUGUGCAUAUAAAAAUGAUGAUAAUUUUUAUAGUGGAAGAAAAAAACAAAGUGGGUUGACUUUCUUAAAGAAAAUGGAAAACAUAGAUGAGGAUUAUAAAAAUGAAGAAAAAUUUUAUUAUGAUAGUAAUGAAUAUGGUUCUAAUCAAAAUUAUUAUCAUAGUGAUAAUUAUUAUAAUAAUGAUAUAUAUAAUUAUAAAGAAAAGUAUAUAAAUGAUAACAAUGAAAAAAAUAUAGAACAAAAAAAAAAUUAUGUACAUGCAUUAUCUUUACCUUCAAUUACAAAAAAAAAAAAAAUGAAGAAUGAAGAAUAUAAAUAUUUUAAUAAAAACCAACAAAAUAUAAGAUUAAAUAUUGAUAAAUAUAAAUAUUAUAAUUAUCAUUAUAUAAAUAAUGUUAACUAUAUUAAUAUAUAUAAUGAUAUAUAUAAUAAUGUUAGUCCAUUUUCAUCUAUUGAUUAUAAUGGAGAGAAUAUUUUUUAUGAUAAUGAUUCAAACUUUUUUAAAAGACAACCUAUCAAAAAUUCUAAUACACUAAAUAUCAAUGGAGAGAUAAAUGAUGAUUUUAAUAAAAAUUUUUUAUGUAAUGAUAAGAAUAUAAAUGUGGAAAAGACAAAUAAAGAGGUAACACAAAAAAAAAUGUCACAAGUUGAAAAUAUUUAUAAUGUCACGGAUUUGUUUGAGGAUAGAUCUAGUAUUAUAAAUAAUAGCAUGCAAAUGGGUGAUAACAAUAAUAAUAAUAAUAAUAAUAAUAACAUCAAUAGUGAUGAUAAUAAUAAUAAUAAUAAUAACAACAAUAGUGAUGAUAAUAAUAAUAAUAAUAAUAACAAUCAUAGUGAUGAUAAUAAUAAUAUUAAUAACAAUGUUGAUAUAUAUUAUAAUAAUUUACACAAUAAUUCCAAUUAUUAUAAUAAUAUUUAUAUGAAAAAAAUACAAAAUAAAACAAAAAAAAGUGAUAAUAAAGAUCAUAAUAUGGUACCAUAUAAAAUUUGGAAAAUUGUAAACCAAGUAAAAAACCCAUUAAUUAUUUAUUCCCUUAUUAAUCAUUUUUUUUCAUAUAAAAAUAAUAAUAAAAAUAUAUUAAAAAUAUUUAAUUAUUGGUCAUAUUAUAUAUUUCCAAGUACAUACAAAUACAUUUUCUUUCCUUUAUCCAUAUUACAAUUACAUCCACUAUUUAAGAAUUCAGACUUUUUUAUAUUAUUGUUACAUUUUAAUUUACCAUUUAUUUUAUUUCAUCUAGAUUUAUUUUCUAAUAAGGAGAGAGAUAAAUAUAUUUUAUUAAAUAUGCUUAACAGAAGGAAUUACAAAUCUGGUCAUGUAACCACAAGCAAAGGAUCUUAUGGAUCUCAUGAGAAAAGUGAAAAUAUAUAUAGUGACAACGAAGAUGACGACAUUGAUGAUAAUGAUAAUGAUAAUGAUAAUGAUAAUAAUAAUUAUUAUUAUUAUAAUUACUAUGAUGAUUAUAAUUAUAGGCAUGAAUCUCCUAAUUAUAAUCACAGUUAUAAUUAUUUAGGAAGAUUAAAAUACUACUUCCAUACUGUGAGUACUCACACUACAAGCAUAAAUAAACAUCAAUUGAAGACAUACAUUAUGAAUACAAAUAUAAAUAACCAAAUAAAAAAAGAAAUAUUGAAACAAUGGUAUUGUUACAAGAAAGAAAAAAAAAAGGAAUAUGCAACACAAUAUGUCGUAAAUAAUAAAAAUAAUGUACAUCAUAAUAUAUAUAUUAAGAAGAAGAGUAAUUAUGAUAAUCACAUUUAUAAACUUAAGAAUCAGGGAGAUACCUCUAAAAUCAUCCAUAUUAAUCAUAAAAAAAUGAAAAGUAAUAGUAAAGAUAAAUAUUGUUCAACAUAUUGUAACCAUAAAAAAUAUAAUAAUAAAAAAAAAAGUUACCAUUCACUUAGUUAUUUCCCUUUCCCUAUUUUGUCUUAUAAAAACGUACAUGCGUUUUAUAAGAAUUUUUUAAAUUUUUAUAAAUUUUUGUAUUAUCAAAUUUUUUAUGAACAAAAAAGUUAUAUGGAUGUGUUUAAGUGUAUGGAAUAUUACAAAAGGGUAAUAUAUAGUCCAUUGUUUAAUGAUUUUUAUUAUAAACAAGAUAGAGAAAAAAAAAAGACAAGAAUGAUGAAUGGUAUAAAUAUGAAGCGAUAUUCUUGCAAUGGAAUAAUUAAAUGUGAGCCUAACAUACGAUCAAAUGAAAUACAAAAAGAAAAAAAACAAAAAAAAGAAAAAAAAGAAAAAAAAGAAAAAAAAGAAAAAAAUGGAAAAAAAUCAAAAAAGGAAACAUCUAAUAAUCAACAUAAUAUUAAUAAACAUAAUAAUUAUAACAAUUUUGGAGCAAAUGGAAAUGUGGUAAAGUGGCAAUUCAAUGAAGAUAUUUAUCAUUUAAUAAAUAUCAUCAUAUGCUGUUAUAAUUCCUUAACAUAUAAUUUUGUUAAAAUAUUAAGCAUCGAAAUAAUAUAUUGUAUAAUACUUCAUGUAUCUGAAAAUAAAUUAAAUAAUGAAUUAAUAUCAUUUUUAUUAUAUUGUUUUAAUAAAGAAAAUGAGAAAAUAAAAAUUAUGGUUCUAAAAUGUUUUUAUAAAAUUAUAAAUAAUUCAAUGAAUAAUAGGCCUAAUAUGCAAUUAUAUUUAGAGAAAUUUUUACCUAAAUAUUAUUUGUUAAAAAAUCAAGAUAUAUAUGAAAAAUAUUAUUAUUCAAAAUAUCUACCACUUUUUUCUUAUAUUACUAUUCAAUAUAUAUAUAAUGAAAGCUUAUUGAAAAAUAAUAAAACAAUAAUAAAAAAAAAUAAAUUAUCUCAAAUACCAUAUAUGGAAAUAUUAAAUGAUAUAAAAACAGAAAUACAUUUUAUUCUUAAUACUGAACAAAAUUUUUAUGAAAAUUUAUUCGAAUUUUAUAAUUAUAUAUUUCCAUUUUGUAAAAUUAUGAACAAAAAAUGGGUUAAAAUUUAUAUUCUACCAUAUUUAUUAACAAAUAUAUAUAAAACCAAAAAUAAUUUUUUAAAAGCUACAUGUUCAAAAGUUACUUUAAGAAUCGUUUUUUAUAUUAACCAAAAAAAAGUAUAUCAUAUUUUCUUACAAUAUUUAAACAAAUUAUUAUGUUCUCAAAAUCAACAGAUUAUUCAAUUUAUUUUAUGUGAAAUUAAUCACAUAUUAAAAAAAACAUGGAAAAAAUAUCAACAAGAACAAAAAAAAUCCAAAAAAUUCUGGAAUUUCCUACGUAAAAUUCAAAUCGAUCACUUAUAUAUUCAUCCGUCUAUAAUUAUACAACAAUUAGUUCAUAAAAUUAUAAAUAAAUUAAAAAAUAUAGAGUAUAAAACGAAUAAAAAAAAUAAUAAAAUGAUAAUUAUGUGA